GUAGGGACCAAAGAAGGGGCGGGAGGAAGACUGUCACGUGGCGCCGGAGUUCACGUGACUCGGAGUACACAUGACUUCCAGUCCCCGGGCGCCUCCUGGAGAGCAAGGACACGGGGGAGCAGAGAUGAUCCGAGCCGCGCCGCCGCUGCUGUUCCUGCUGCUGCUGCUAGUGUCCUGGGCGCCCCGAGGCGAGGCAGCCCCGGACCAGGACGAGAUCCAGCGCCUCCCCGGGCUGGCCAAGCAGCCGUCCUUCCGCCAGUACUCCGGCUACCUCAAAGGCUCCGGCUCCAAGCACCUCCACUACUGGUUUGUGGAGUCCCAGAAGGAUCCCGAGAACAGCCCUGUGGUGCUUUGGCUCAAUGGGGGUCCCGGCUGCAGCUCCCUAGAUGGGCUCCUCACAGAGCAUGGCCCCUUCCUGGUCCAGCCAGAUGGUGUCACCCUGGAGUACAACCCCUAUUCUUGGAAUCUGAUUGCUAAUGUGUUAUACCUGGAGUCCCCAGCUGGGGUGGGCUUCUCCUACUCUGAUGACAAGUUUUAUGCAACUAAUGACACUGAGGUCGCCCAGAGCAAUUUUGAGGCCCUUCAAGAUUUCUUCCACCUCUUUCCGGAGUAUAAGAACAACAAACUUUUCCUGACCGGGGAGAGCUAUGCUGGCAUCUACAUCCCCACCCUGGCCGUGCUGGUCAUGCAGGACCCCAGCAUGAACCUUCAGGGGCUGGCUGUGGGCAAUGGACUCUCCUCCUAUGAGCAGAAUGACAACUCCCUGGUCUACUUUGCCUACUACCAUGGCCUUCUGGGGAACAGGCUUUGGUCUUCUCUCCAGACCCACUGCUGCUCUCAAAACAAGUGUAACUUCUAUGACAACAAAGACCCGGAAUGCGUGACCAAUCUUCAGGAAGUGGCCCGCAUCGUGGGCAACUCUGGCCUCAACAUCUACAACCUCUAUGCCCCUUGUGCUGGAGGGGUGCCCAGCCAUUUUAGGUAUGAGAAGGACACUGUUGUGGUCCAGGAUUUGGGCAACAUCUUCACUCGCCUGCCACUCAAGCGGACGUGGCAUCAGGCAUUGCUGCGCUCAGGGGACAAAGUGCGCAUGGACCCCCCCUGCACCAACACGACAGCUGCUUCCACCUACCUCAACAACCCGUACGUGCGGAAGGCCCUCCACAUCCCGGAACAGCUGCCGCAAUGGGACAUGUGCAACUUUCUGGUAAACUUACAGUACCGCCGUCUCUACCGAAGCAUGAACUCCCAGUAUCUGAAGCUGCUUAGUUCACAGAAAUACCAGAUCCUGUUAUAUAAUGGAGAUGUAGACAUGGCCUGCAAUUUCAUGGGGGAUGAGUGGUUUGUGGAUUCCCUCAACCAGAAGAUGGAGGUGCAGCGCAGGCCCUGGUUAGUGAAGUAUGGGGACAGCGGGGAGCAGAUUGCCGGUUUUGUGAAGGAGUUCUCCCACAUCGCCUUUCUCACGAUCAAGGGCGCCGGCCACAUGGUUCCCACCGACAAGCCCCUCGCUGCCUUCACCAUGUUCUCCCGCUUCCUGAACAAGCAGCCAUACUGAGGACCACAGCAACCAGCUCCACGGCCUGAUGCAGCCCCUCCCAGCCACUCCUGCUAGGAGAGUCUUCUUCUAAGCAAAGUGCCCCUACAGGCCAGGUUCUGCCUUCAGGACUGCCCCCUUCCCACAGCCCUGUGCAUCCCAGACUGGGCCAGGGUCUCCCACAGACAGCCUGGGGGCAAGUGAGCACUUUAUUCCCAUAACAGUUCCUGAAUGGGGUGGCCUGGCCCCCUCUCUGCUUAAAGAAUGCCCUUUACGAUGCACUGAUCCCAUCCCAGGAACCCAACAGAGCUCAGGACAGCCCACAGGGAGGUGGUGGACGGACUGUAAUUGAUGGAUUGACUGAUUAUGGAAUUAAAUUGGGUACAGCUUCAAACCCCGUCUUCUCUGUGGCACUGGGGGUUAGAGGGGGCACUACAGGCUAUGAAUGUGGGAAAAGAGGGGCUGAGAGGAGUUGGAGUCCUGAAUGACAGCUGCCAGCGUGGGGGUUGGGGGCUCACACAGCUGCUGUGGAGGGUGUGGGGGCAGUGGACGCCCCGAUGUCGGCAGGCCGGUUCUUCUCAAUCACCUCUCGCAGCCCUUUGGCAAAGUGGAGAUCAGCCCCGAUGGUGAGGAAGCCCGCAUGGUUCGUCACCACUUCACGCACAAAGUUGAUGCCCUCAGGUAGUGGGAUCUGCACCCCACGCCAGGUCCGCUCGUUGAGCAUGGGCAUCACCCCGAUCUGCAGCAUGGUCUUCAGAGGGGCCUGUAAGGGGAUCAGAGCCAGCGACUCCAGUGCAGAAUGGUUGGAAUAGAUUCGGAACCUGCGCAGGUCCAGCUGUGUGCGCAGGGCCUUCCCCCGGAGAGCCAUCUUGGCGCUGAGACGGGCGUCCAUAGUCAUGCUGGACAGCUGGACCUCAGGCUUGUCGGGUGGGACCAGGGCGAUGGUGACGCUAGCAGUGACAGAGACGGUGGUGCCAGAGGGCUUGAUGGUGCAGCGUGGUGGGGCCAGGACCCGCAGCUCCAGCUUCAGUGGGGAGUCAAUCACUGCUGGGCUCAGCAGGACAAUGCUCCCAAAGUAGGUGGCCCUCAGCAGUAUGUCCAGGUCAUGGGGCACCUUGUCCCCCACCAGCGACAGUUGCAGGGCCCCCGCCCGGAAGUAGCUCUCCAUGGCAGAGUCGAAGAAGAACUCAGAGAAGGCCACAUACACCAUCCGCUCCUCCUCCUGCAGCUGGGGCUCCACCGCCCGGUUGGGGAGGCUCCAGUUCCUCUCGGUCAGGGGGAAGAAGGCCCCCCGGAAGUCCAUGUCCAGGUUGCUGGUGGAAGCCACAGGAUCCUUCAUGAGGGAAUAGUCAAUGCCAACAAGCUCAUCCACAGAACUGCGCACAGGCACGGUGUCCAGGAGGGCGUUGAGCAGGACCGUCCCUGCAUGGUAGAGUACGGGGCAGAUCUGCUGGUUGAGGAGGAAGCGCAUCCCUGAGGUGAUGAACGUGGAGAGAAAAUCAUACACCUUCUUGAAGGUUCCCCCGAAGGCGGCGUGCAUUCUGGAGACAGAGGCCUGGCAGGAGACAUUGGACACUUUCAUCCGUCCAGCAGGAUCCCGGGAGAGCUCCAGACCAGUGCGGAUGGACACACCCUCAGCUGAGGCGUUGAUGUAGCCACCAUCAUAGAAGAACCAGUAGAGCAGCUGUCUCCGGAAGCGCAGCCCCAAGGAGGCGUUGGUGAUUUGUAGCAUCAGCUCCUGCUGUGGCUGGAAAUCGAGCUCGGAAGAUGUCAGCUGCAGCUCUGUGACCUUCACCUCAGAGAUGUUGUAGUAGAAGUGGCCUUCUUUGCCCCGCAGGUCCGGAAUGGUGAUGGUCUCCAGCUCUUGUUCCAGAAAGCGCAGUCCCUCUUGCUUCACCAGCUCCAGCGCCUUGGAGGUGACGCGGAUCUUGCAGCCUGGGAACUCUGCGUGAGCGCCUGCCAGCAGCGCCAGGAAGAGAGCCCCGAAGAGGGCCAUGGCGAGCGGGCUCAGCGGUGGAGCUGGGGGACGGCGCGGUCACGUGGGGUGGCGGGCAGCUCAAGGUAUCCGGGCGACG